CACAUAGAGCGCGCGCGCGCGCACCUCCACCACCCCCUCCCCCUCCCCCCCCGGGACCGAGCCGCUGCAUUCCGGCGCUAAAGAUCAAAGCAGAGACGCUACAUCUGUGUCCGCGUGAGGAGGCGGAGAGGAGAGCGCGCGCUCGGGCCUGCGGUGUGUGUGUGUGUGUGUGUGUGUGUGUGUGGAGGUGGGGGUGAGCAGGACUCUUCACUGUCAGCGCACACGGAGGAGUGAGCAGCACCGGAGACUCUCUCUCACACACACACACACACAGGAUCCGGGGAGAGAGAGAGAGAGAGAGACUCACACACACACUCCGGACCCAGGUACAGACACUGGAACCAAGAACGUCCAGAUACUGUAUCUCAGAGGAAAUCCUUUAGAGGACAGAACGGUCCAUGGAGCUCUCAAGGACGACCGGCGUCUGCCUCUGGUUAGGCCUGGUCUAUGUGGCGACGACCCUGACACACGUUGAUGCCAGGGUCGUAAACGAGACAUGUUCAGAGGAGACGUCGAAAUGCAAGCCAGGAAUCCUGCUCCCAAUCUGGUAUCCAGAGAAUCCUUCUACUGGGGACAAAAUGGCACGUGUGAUCGUCUACUUUGUAGCGAUGAUCUACAUGUUCCUGGGGGUGUCCAUCAUUGCAGACCGCUUCAUGGCUGCCAUCGAGGUCAUAACGUCUCAGGAGAGAGAAAUCGUGGUGAAGAGGGCGAACGGAGAGACAAUGACGACUACGGUGCGCAUUUGGAAUGAAACCGUGUCGAACCUGACUCUGCUGGCUCUGGGCUCAUCUGCUCCCGAGAUUCUGCUCUCACUGAUCGAGAUCUGCGGUCACGGGUUCCACGCUGGAGAUCUAGGGCCGUCCACCAUCGUAGGCAGCGCCGCUUUUAACAUGUUUGUCAUCAUUGGCAUUUGUGUGUCUGCAGUGCCGGAGGGUGAAGUGCGUAAGGUGAAGCACCUGCGUGUGUUCUUCGUGACUGCAGCUUGCAGCAUAUUUGCAUACGUGUGGCUCUACAUGAUCCUUGCUGUUUUCUCACCUAACGAAGUGCAGGUGUGGGAGGGGCUUAUAACACUUGUUUUCUUUCCUGCCUGUGUUAUCUUGGCUUGGGCAGCCGACCGCCGUCUGCUGUUCAACAAGUUCACGCACAAGACCUACAGGGCCGACAAGCAUCGCGGCGUGAUCAUCGAGACAGAGGGAGACCGGUCCAAAGGCAUCGAGAUGGACGGGAAAAUGUCAAACUCACACUUCCUGGAUGGCAGCGCUACUACCAACCUGAUGGGGCUGAUGGAGGGAAAAGAAAUGGACGAGUCACGUCGUGAGAUGAUCCGGAUUUUGAAGGACCUAAAGCAGAAACAUCCAGAGAAGGACUUGGACCAGCUGGUGGAGAUGGCAAACUACUACGCUUUGUCACACCAGCAGAAGAGUCGAGCGUUUUACCGGAUCCAGGCCACACGGAUGAUGACUGGUGCCGGCAACAUCCUGAAGAAACAUGUUGCUGAACAGGCAAAGCGCAGCACCAGUAUCCAGGAAGUGCAUGUGGAGGAGCCAGAGGACUUUGUGACACGGAUUGGAUUUGAACCUGCUGCGUAUCAGUGCUUGGAGAACUGUGGCGCUGUCUUACUAACCAUUGUACGCAAAGGUGGUGAUGUUUCCCAGACAAUCUACGUCGACUACAAGACUGAAGAUGGCUCAGCCAAUGCUGGUGCUGAUUACGAGUUUACAGAGGGUACUGUGAUGUUUAAACCUGGUGAGGUCAUCAAGGAGAUCGCCAUCGGAAUCAUUGACGAUGACAUCUUCGAGGAGGAUGAGCACUUCUUUGUUCGGCUCAGCAAUGUUCGGACACUCGAUUCGGCAAGCGACGACGAGAUGUUGGCGUACCCCACCGUGGCCCUUGGCUUUCCCGCUGUAGCCACUGUGACCAUCCUGGAUGACGACCACGCAGGGAUCUUCACGUUCGAGAGCGGAACAGCGCACGUGAGCGAGAGCGUGGGAAUCAUGGAGGUCAAAGUACUCAGGACAUCUGGGGCAAGAGGGACUGUCAUUGUUCCGUACCGUACUGUCGAGGGACUCGCUAAAGGAGGCGGGGAAGACUUUGAGGACACGUUCGGAGAGCUGGAGUUCAAAAACGAUGAGACCUGUAAAAUGAUCCAGGUGAGGAUAAUUGAUGAUGAGGAGUACGAGAAGAACAAAAACUUUUUCCUGGAACUGGCUGAGCCGCGUAUGGUGGACAUGAGCCUGCAGAAAGUUCUGUUGUUAGCUGAUGAUGCUCCUGACAGGAAGUUCUCCUCAGAGGAAGAGGAAGCGAGGAGAGUAGCUGAGAUGGGAAAACCCAUCCUGGGAGAGCAUUCAAAACUCGAAAUUAUCAUCGAAGAGUCCUAUGAGUUCAAGAACACAAUAGAUAAGUUAAUUAGGAAGACAAACCUGGCUCUGGUUGUUGGCACCAACUCGUGGAGGGAGCAGUUCAUGGAGGCCAUUACCGUCAGCUCAGGUGAUGAGGACGAUGACGAUGCAGGGGAGGAGCGUCUUCCGUCAUGUUUUGAUUAUGUCAUGCACUUCCUGACGGUGUUCUGGAAGGUUCUGUUCGCUUGUGUCCCACCCACCGAGCACUGGAACGGGUGGGCGUGCUUCUUAACCUCCAUCGUCAUCAUCGGCUUCCUGACGGCCAUCAUCGGAGACCUCGCGUCGCACUUCGGCUGCACCAUCGGCCUGAAGGACUCUGUCACUGCCGUCGUCUUUGUUGCACUUGGGACCUCCGUCCCAGACACGUUUGCGAGUAAGGUGGCGGCGGUGCAGGACGUGUAUGCAGAUGCGUCUAUCGGGAACGUGACGGGCAGUAACGCGGUGAACGUGUUUGUGGGACUGGGCGUGGCAUGGUCCGUGGCGGCGGUGUACUGGCGUGCUCAAGGCGGUGUAUUCGAGGUGCACGCUGGCUCGCUUGCCUUCUCCCUCACGCUCUUCAGCGUCUUCUCCAUCUUCGCCGUGCUUGCCCUCAUGUACCGUCGCCGUGGCAACAUCGGCGGAGAGCUGGGCGGGCCAAGACGCCAUCGCUUAAUCACCUCGCUGUUUUUCUUCAUGCUGUGGUUCCUUUACAUCCUGCUGACCAGCCUCGAGGCCUACUGCCACAUCCAGGGCUUCUAGAGACACACCAGGAAGACAGGAAGUCGGGGAGAGAGAGAGAGAGAGAGAGAGGGACAGGAGGAUGAGUAGAGCAGAACAUGUCCUUUAUGUCCCUGACAGGAAGAAACACAGGAGUCUGUACAUGCAGUUUGGUCUUCUGAAAGGAGAGAGUAAGACAAGAAACGGAGGGAAAAAAGAGAGAGAGAGAGAGAGCUUGUUUGACAAAAUCGCAGUGUUUUUUUUAUCUAUCUCCAUCUCUCUCUCUGUCUCGUUUCUUUCUCUCCCACCCAAAGAUUAAACACCAGAGUCUUAAAUUUGAGUCUAAGAGGGAAAUAUAUAUGUAUAUAUAUAUAUUUAUAGAGAGAGAGAGAGAAGAGGACACUAAAGAGAGGAAUGGACAGACUAGUUGCACUCGUCCUCUCUCCCUCUCUUUCUCUCGUUAGCGUUAGUUUUAUCGUUAACGUGAGUCUGAACUUCUCCAGAGUCUCUAUUUUUUCUCGCUGCUUGCAGAGGAACUGGACUCUUUUUCUAAAGAAAUAUUUUGGGGGGAAAAAACAGAGUUAUUGAGUUAUGAAUAACACAGAGAGAGCGAGCGUCGUAUUUUCACUUUUACGGAUCAGAGUUCAUGUCUCGGACGUGAUCACUGUCACUGCGUGGAGCUCGCCCUCUCCUUUCUUUAUUUGUGUUUGCUAACUUUGCUAAAACUUAAAAGCUUACAGCACGCACACAUACACACACACACACACACACACGCACAUAAACAACUGAUCACACUGGAGGGGGGGGGGUCGUGCAACUGACUCACAUCACUUCCUGAAUGGAGUUACAUUCUGUAUGACAAGAAAUGUAAUGGUGCCAUGUCUGCUGUAUACGAUGUGCAUUUUACACACACACACACACACACACUCACACACACACACACACACACACACACACAGACUGAGAAAGUGGAACACGUGUGCACUCACAGAGGGAACAGGUUCUGUGUGUCGGUGUGAAUGUGACUCUGUCCUGGUGUGUGAAAGUCACAGAGCGUUAGUAUGCAGUCAGACAUUAAACGUUCUGGAGAAGUGUGUGAGUGUUGUGGGAAGAGAAAAUUAGUCAGUCACACACACACACACACACACACACACACACACACACACAGAGUGUUGUUUUGUCUGUGAUGAGUGCUCCAGUCCUGCAGGUGGCGCUGUUGUGGUUUAUCACAGGUGUGAGUGUGUAGUGGGUGUGUCAGCUUCCUCACACACGUCACAGCGAGUGACGGCAUCGCAGGAAGUGACACGCUGAGGUCGUAACACGCGGUUCCACGCGGUUGUGUAGCCGAGCGAAAACACCAUGGUUUGAGCGCCACAUGAGACUGAUCGCGCCGCGCCGUGAUGUUUCUGUACUGUGUGAGGAACGCGCGAAUCAAAAAGUACUUUCUACACAACUCCAGGAUUUAGAAGGCGAUUUGUGUGUGUGUGUGUGUGUGUGUGUGUGCGUGCACGUGUGUGAGCUUCUUACACUUGUUCAUGAUUUUUAAUAUUUGUUUACAUUCAAAGACAUCAGUGUGUGUACAUGUGUGUUUGUGCAUGCACGUGUGUAUGUGUGUGUGCGCGGGUGCUGUAACUCAAUCUUUCAGCUUCUCCUUAAUCUCUACACAGACACACACACACACUCACACACACUCACAAAAGAAAAAUGGCUGCUGUAUAUUUUUAUACAAAUAUUCCCUGUGUGCGUCUGAUAUUCUGCUCUUGAUCUUUGACCUUUGACCCUGGAGUUUUUCUGCGCACUGUAAAUGAUUUUAAUAUUUAGAUUCAUCUAUUCUGAGGGCGGACAGGGGCGGGGCAGGGAUGGGGCAAAUAUAUAUCUAUAUGCCUAUAUAUAUAUAUAUAUAUAUAUAUAUAUCUACACUGAAAUCUAUAGUGUCUAUCUCUUUAUGUUUCGCCGUUAGCGCCGCGCAGUGCUCGAGCGCAACCUGAGGCGAUCGCGUGUUUAUCUGACUGCAGGUCUGUGUGCAGAUCAACCCGUCCAUAUAUGGACAUGUGGGCGGGCCUUUACGUCCAUAUAUGGAAGCAGAUUUGUAUAAGUGCAACUAUUACCACAGAACUCAUUAGCCAGCUAGCUAACCUGACAGGAUUUAUAUAUUAAAUGCACAGACCUUCAUUGCCAAGGCUAAUUACACCUCUUUUUUAAACACCUCUUUAGGUCAUACAAUUAUUAUUGGUGAUGCUAGCCAGGCAGCUAGCCACCUGACUGGGUUUCUAGACAUUAUUGAAGAAUCUUUACAGUAGUAGCAGCUGGCUAAAAGACACGAGCUAACCAGACAGGAUUUUUGAGAAAGUAAUUUUGAGAAAUAUUUCUAAUCUUUACAGCUAAUGAUUACUCUCUAGCUAAUGCUAACACCCUCAAGGUAUUUAUACAUCAUCCAAACAAGUGAGUGAACUGCUUCCUUAAUAACACAAGAUAUGAUCUGCACACAGAUCCUCUUUACACUCUGUGUGUGUGUGUGUGUGUGUGUGUGUUAAAGAAACAUUUUAAUUAUAAUUCACUCUGAUUAAAAAAGUUAUCACAGGUCCGAAGUUCUGAUCACAUUAGCAUGCUAACAUCCUGAGGGGAGGGUUUGUGUAUUUUUAACCCUGCAUAAACAGUGGUGUGUACGCGAGGCUGCUUGGCCUGCCAGCUAGCAGUGAUGUGGGACUCGGCGGCGCUACGCUGCAGCGCUCAGACCCGUUAAGAACACAGAGGAAUAGAAUUGUUUUGUCGAAGGAUCUGAAAUCAUAGAAAAAUAUACUUUUAUUAGCAUUAGCAUCCUUUAUUGGACUGUUAACACCAGUGUGUGAUAUUUACCCUUUAUUUAUUUAUUUGUUGAUUUACUGUGUGACAUCUUUUAGAUAAUUUUCAUUCAACUGAGACAGAAAUCAAACCAAACACCAUCCAAUCAGUCCACAGCUGAGGAUUCUGUGAAAUAUCAGUUAGCUUAGCACUAACACUCACAUGCACACAUUGGGCCAUACACUGAGUAUCAUAUCAUUGUGCAACCGUGGGAAAUCAAGUGUUCAUUCAGUGUGCGCGCGCGCACACACACACACACACACACACACACAUAGUGGUGUAACAUGAUGUUUUGGAUGAUUCUGUUGGUUUAAUUUUCACACUUAGUGAUUUACUUUUUAUUUUCAGCGAAUUGUGCAUGAUGUGUAAUUUAAUUUUGUUUACAUUAAUUUAUUAUCAGUUCAUUUAUUUACUUUCAAUUCUUUUUGUCAG